AUGGCGGCGGCGGCGGCGGAGCAGGGGGCGGCGGAGGCGCCGUGCGCGCUGCUGCUCGUGGUGGGCGGCGAGUGCGGGCGCCCAGGGCUGCUGUCCUAUGUGCUGGAGGAGCUGGAGCGAGGCAUCCGGUCCUGGGAUGUGGACCCCAGCAUCUGCAGCCUCGAUGAGCAGCUCAAGGUCUUCGUGUCUCGGCACUCGGCCACCUUCUCCAGCAUCGUAAAAGGCCAGCGGAGCCUGCACCACCACGGAGAUGCCCUGGACACCCUGGUCCUCCUCAACCCGUCGGACAAGUCGCUUUGUGACGAGCUCCGGAACUUUCUGCUGGAUCCUGCCCCUCACAAGCUGGUGGUGCUGGCCGGGCCAUGCCUGGAGGAGACAGGAGAGCUGUUGCUCCAGACAGGGGGCUUCUCGUCACGCCACUUCCUCCAGGUCCUGGCGGACAAGGAGAUCGGGGAGCUCCUGGCCUCGGCACCCCCGCCGUCUACCCUGCCCACACUCACCAUCACCUGCCCGACCUUUGGCAACUGGGCCCAGCUGGCGCCCAAUGUACCAAGCCUGCCAGGGGCACUCCAGCUGCGGCUGAACCCGCCAGCGCGGCUGCCAGCCUCUGAGGGCCUGCGUGAGUUCCUGGAGUAUGUGGCUGAGUCGCUGGAGCCUCCCUCACCCUUUGAGCUGCUGGAGCCACCGGCUGCCAUGGGCUUCCUCAAGAUUGCCCGGCCCUGCUGCUACGUCUUCCCCGGUGGCCUGGGCGAUGCCGCCUUCUUUGCUGUCAACGGCUUCACCAUCCUGGUCAAUGGUGGCUCGAGCCCCAAGUCGAGCUUCUGGAAGCUGGUGCGGCACCUAGACCGCGUGGAUGCAGUGCUGGUGACCCACACUGGCGCUGACAGCCUGCCAGGCCUCAACAGCCUGCUGCGGCGUAAGCUGGCUGAACGUGAGGCAGCGACAGCUGGCAGCGGGGGCGAUGAGGGGCUGCGCAACCUCAUCUCGCCGGAGCUAGGCGUUGUGUUCCUGAACACAGGGGCAGCCGGGGACUCGGUGGUCGAUGAGGCCCAGCUGGUGCGCGGCGUGGAUGAGGCAGGGUUGGCACUGGGCCUGCUGGCCCGCCUGGGCAUUCCACCCCUACCCCUGAGCCGUGGGCCACUGCCCACCCAGCCCACUGUACUCUUCCAGAAGAUGGGUGUGGGCCGACUGGACAUGUACGUGCUGCACCCACUCUCUGAGGCUGCUGGGCGCAAUGCCGACCGCACGCUGGCCUCAGCCUGCGUCUUGCUAGUAUGGCAGCCGGCCAGCCCCACUGAGAAGGUGGUGCGAGUGCUCUUCCCGGGCUGCACGCCUCCCGCACGCCUGCUUGAGGGCCUGGCCCGCCUGCAGCACCUGGGCUUCCUGCGCGAGCCCAUAGUGACGCCCCAGGAUCUGGAGGGGCCACGGCGCACUGGGAGCAGGGAGAGCGUGGCCUCCCGGGACAGUGCGAGGGGCAAGGAGCGCCCUGGAACGGCCCGCAAAGAGCCCUCCCGUACUGAGAAGGACGCCAGGCCGCCACCCCGCGAGGUCAAGAAGGACCCCAGACCUGGUGCCCUGCGGACCCAGCCCCGGGAGGCACGCCGUGGGGCCUCCACUGCCCCUGAUGUCAAGAAGGCAGUGGCCCCAGGGUCAGCUAAGACCCGGAGAGUGCCCGACACACCACGUCCAGCCAUGGAGAACGGGCCCUGCAGUCCCCCCAGCUUCCGCUGUGGUGAGGCCAGCCCCCUGCUGGCAGCAUGCAUGUCCCCAGCUCCCCCACUGGCAGCUACGCCCAGCCUAGAGCAUAGCUUGGAGCUAGGCCUGAGCCCAGCCGCUGGGGAUGAGGGCUGCAGCUCCGAGGAACAGACACUGGAGUUGCUGUCAGCAGCCAGCACACCACGGCCACACACGCCCUCGCCCACUGGGCCACACCACGGAGGCCCCACUGAGAGUUGCGGGCAGCUGUCACUGAGCCCACUGCGAUCUGGGGAGGCAGCACCUGAUGCCUCACCCACUGUGACCACGCCCUCGCUGCCCGCAGAGGUGGGCUCACCGCACUCCACUGAGGUGGAUGAGUCCCUAUCUGUGUCCUUUGAGCAGGCGCUGCCGCCACCUGCCACCACCAGUGAGCCUGGGCUGAGCCUCCCGCUGCGUGGUGCCCGGGCACGGCGUUCAGCCUCCCCACACGAUGUGGACCUGUGUCUGGUGUCACCCUGCGAAUUCGAGCACCGCAAGGCUGUGCCCCCUGCCACCGCAGCCUCCCCUGGCGGUGGCUCCAACGAUAGCAGCGCCCGCUCCCAGGAGCGUGGCCCGGGGCCGGAGGAGACACCACCCACCUCCCUCAGUGAGUCCCUACCCACUUUGUCCGACUCAGAACCCCUGCCUGUUAUCCCCGGCCCUGUGGACUCAGACGAAGAUGACACUGAGAGCCUGGGUGUGCCCCGUCGCCGCCGUGACCCACUGCCCACCUCGCUCAAGGACCCUCACCCGCUGCCUGCCCCACCUGGUGUCUGCAUGGUGGACCCCGAACAGGCACGGCGCCCGGAGAGCCUCGGCCGUACCCGGAAGCCCCUGGCCCGCACUGGCCUUGGUACCACUGGCCCCAAAGCUGCGACGGUUGGCACUGCCAAAACCAAGGGGCUGGCCAGUGGGGACCGGGCCAACCGGCCUCCCAGCGCCCGGUGCGAGCCCAGUGACAAGGCAGCCCGGGCACCCCUGUCCAGAAAGGCCUCCGUGCCCAAGACGGCCACUCGAGGCCCACCAGGCGCAGCUGGUAGUCGUGUGGGUGGGUCAGCGGCCCCUCCAGGCAAUCCUGUCUACCUGGAUCUGGCCUACCUGCCCAGCGGGAGCAGCGCCCGCCUGGUGGACGCUGAGUUCUUCCGGCGGGUGCGCGCCCUGUGCUAUGUCAUCAGUGGCCAGGACCAGGGCAAGGAGGAGGGCAUGCGGGCCCUGCUGGAUGCGCUCCUGGCUGGCAAGCAGCAGUGGGACCGAGAGCUGCAGGUGACCCUGAUCCCCACCUUUGAGUCGGCAGCCAUGCACGAGUGGUACCAGGAGACACAUGCGAGGCAGCAGGCUCUGGGCCUCACGGUGCUGGGCAGCAACAGCACAGUGGCCAUGCAGGACGAGACCUUCCCUGCCUGCAAGGUGGAGUUCUAGCCCUCAGCCCUGUCCCCCACACUCCCACCGUCCCCAGCUCUGCCACUGCCUGAGAACUCACCUGUCACGAAUAAACCACAUGCUCACUCCA